AUGGGUCCAGAUCCCUCUCUGGCAUAUCGCACCGAAUGUCACGAGAAAGACGAAUCAGAAUUCAGGAACUUUGAGAGUGGAGCUCUCUUUGACCGUGUGUUUAAUACAUACAAGCUGAUGCACACAUACCAAACACUGGACUUUGUCAAACAGAAGCACUUGGAAUGGGCGAACUGCAAUUACUUCAGCAUGACCAUGAUGGAGAGCAUCGAUUCCCUGGACGAGCUUGUUGAUGAAUCCGACCCUGACGUUGACUUCCCAAACUCUUUCCAUGCAUUCCAGACCGCUGAGGGAAUCCGCAAAGAGCAUCCUGAAAAAGAUUGGUUCCAGCUAGUCGGUCUGAUUCAUGACAUUGGAAAAAUCAUGGCCCUGCAUGGGGAGCCGCAGUGGGCUGUAGUUGGAGAUACAUUCCCAGUGGGAUGCAAGUUUCAGAAUUCAAUUUUGUUUUGUAAAAAUACAUUGUAUAGCAUUCUACCUGAUGUGGUGGUGUUGGCAUGUUUCUCUCAUUGCAGCACAGAGUUUGGGAUCUAUGAACCACAAUGUGGGCUCGAUAAUGUCCUGAUGUCUUGGGGACACGAUGAGUAUCUAUACCGGGUGAUGAAGUUCAACAAAUGCACCAUCCCUGAGGAGGGUCUUUACAUGAUCCGCUUCCACUCCUUCUACCCCUGGCAUUCAAACGGAGACUACAUGCACUUAUGCAGCGAGAAAGACCUGCAGAUGCUGCCCUGGGUCAAAGAGUUUAACAAGUUUGACUUGUACACCAAGAGCACUGAACUACCAGACGUGGAGCAUCUGAGGCCGUAUUAUCAGUCUCUCAUUGAUAAGUACUGCCCCGGGAUACUGCACUGGUGAACGUGUUCUAGAAUUCUACGAAUCCGUCCUAUUUCAGUGAGACACACAAACAUGAAUGACACUUUAAAUAAUGUAUAGCUUUUGCUCUGUGGUCAAUAAAAAUGGGUGAAAUAACUACAGCCAAUUAGAAACCACCCAUGAAACUUUGGCACUUUGGAAUUUUCUUCAG